AUGCCGAUCAAGCAGCAUGGCCGUCAGUACGACUUGGUCGUCUUUGGCGCCACGGGAUACACUGGAAAUUUUGUCACGGAGCACAUUACAACACACCUGCCAUCCAAUAUGAAAUGGGCGGUGGCAGGCCGAUCAGAGUCCAAACUUCGAGGCCUCGUUGCAGAGUUGAAGAAGUUGAAUUCCGAUAGAGUGCAGCCAGAGAUCGAAAUCUGCAGCCUCAACGACGAGGAUCUCGAGCGCCUCGUAAAGAAAACUUACAUUCUCAUCACCACCGUCGGUCCCUAUGCACAGUAUGGCGAGCUUGCCUUUAGGGCAUGCGCCGAGAAUGGCACGCACUACAUGGAUGUGACCGGCGAGACACCUUGGACCGGCACGAUGAUCAACAAAUACGAAGGUGCAGCCCAGGAGACGGGCGCGAUGAUGUUUCCCCAGAUUGGUAUCGAAUCCGCCCCGCCAGACCUCGUCACCUGGUCGCUCACGAAGGAGGUCCGCGAGAAGCUCUCGGCCAAGACGGCAGCAGUGACGGUCUCUAUCCAUCAGCUAGAUUCGGCUCCGUCUGGCGGUACCCUGGCAACGGUACUUGGCCUGUUUGAGUCAUUCUCUAUAUCGGAGGUGAAAGCGCAGCACAAGCCAUAUGCUCUCUCGCCAGUGCCCAAUCGCAACAAGGUUCAGUCGCAGAAGUCCCUGCUGACCAAGUUGGUGGGAUUGUGUAACGUCCCAAACCUGGGACUGAUGACUACAUCGAUUGCCGGGAUGACGGACACGCCCAUCGUCCAAAGAUCGUGGGGCCUCAUGGCGUCGCUGCCCUCGCGAGAGAAGCAGUUUUACGGGCCCAACUUUUCGUUCCACGAGUACAUGAGAGCGAAAGGCUACCUUCGCGGCAUCGCCAUUCACUGGGCGCUCGGGUUCUUUGGUCUGCUCCUCGCGACGAUGCCGCCGUUCAGGGCGUUGGCCAAGCGGUUUGUCUACGAGCCAGGCCAAGGACCUGAUAAGGAGCUGGCAAAGAAGGACGAGAUUGAGUACCGUGGAAUUGCUGUGCCCGACAAGGCGUCCAAGACUGGAAAUCCGCAGGCAUACUGCCGUGCCAAGUACACUGGCAGCAUGUAUUAUUUGACGGGCAUGUUGUUGGCACAGGCUGCGUCGACGCUGCUGGAGGAUGACGUUGACUUGCCUGGAGGUGUUUUUACGGCCGCGUGCCUGGGACAGCCGUACAUUGAUCGUUUGCAUGAUGUUGGCUUCAAGUUUGAGACUAAGAUCUUGGAUCAGUAG